GCAAUAAAAGCCACCACUACGAACUGCAAUUGCUUUUCUUCUACUUCCCCUCUUUCGUUAGCAAGUCCAACUCCUCUCAUCUUUUUUUGGCGGGAGGUGGCCCCAUCAAUCAAAAUCUCGUCGUUCCCAAGUCUCUUUCUCAUAAAUACCUUCCUCCCACCCCCAACCAAACCAAUCCCCAUUGCCCUCCUUCACUGUACCAAUCGCUUCAUUUACUUCCCAUUCUCUCUCUCUCUCUCUCUGCAAGCAAAGCAGCAGUAAUGAAAAACAGGCUUCCCUUCUCAAGCACUAUCUUCUUCUACGUCGUCGUUUAUCUUGGGAUAUGUACAAAGCUCACACUCUCGCUCACCCCAGACGGCCUGUCGCUGCUGUCUCUGAAAUCGGCCGUAGAUCAAAUGUCGGACGUUGGCUUGGCUUUCUCCAACUGGAACGAGAAUGACACCACGCCGUGCGGUUGGACCGGCAUUUCGUGCAUGAAUGUCACUGGGUUCUCCGACCCGCGCGUCGUCGGGAUCGCCAUCGCCGGCAGGAAUCUCCGGGGGUACAUUCCGUCGGAGCUCGGGACCCUGGUGUAUCUCCGGCGACUCAACCUCCACAGCAACAACUUUUACGGUUCUAUUCCUUCACAGCUCUUCAACGCGACCUCAUUGCACAGCAUGUUCCUCUACGGUAACAACCUCUCCGGUUCGAUCCCUCCCUCGAUCUGCAACCUUCCUAGGCUCCAAAACCUCGAUCUCUCUAACAAUUCCUUCUCGGGACCGAUCCCGAAAGCCCUAAAGAAUUGUAAGCAGUUGCAGCGGCUGAUUCUCGCGAGAAACAAGUUUUCCGGCAAAAUUCCGGCGGGAAUUUGGACGGAACUGGAAAACCUUCUCCAACUCGACCUCUCGGCUAACGAUCUUAAUGGAUCGAUCCCGGAGGAUAUCAGUGAGCUCGGCUCUCUCUCCGGCACGCUCAACCUCUCGUUCAACCAUUUAUCGGGUCAAAUCCCGAAAUCGCUUGGGAACUUACCGGUUACACUGAGUUUCGAUCUCAAAAACAAUAACCUAAGCGGCGAGAUACCUCAAACGGGGUCGUUUACGAACCAGGGACCCACCGCGUUCCUGAACAACCCUAUGCUAUGUGGGUUUCCUCUACAAAAAACGUGCCGAAAUUCCGAGCAAGGGUCAUCGCAGAGUCCGAAUUCGGCUCCCAGCGUUGAGAACAAUACAAGAAAAGGUCUAAGUCCCGGUUUGAUUAUACUGAUCUCAGUGGCGGACGCAGCUGGGGUUGCAUUAGCUGGGAUGGUGAUUGUUUACAUAUACUGGAAAAAGAAAGACAAUUCAAAUGGCUGUAGCUGUACUGGGAAAACCAAGCUGGGAGGAACCCACAAAACCGAUCUCUGUAUGUUUUGUGCGUGCGCCAAUGGCUUCAAAAACGAGGAGUCAGAGUUGGAGGAGCCAGCUGAGAAAGCACAGAAAGGAGGGGAAGGAGGAGGAGAGCUGGUGGCGAUCGAUAAAGGGUUUACGUUCGAGCUGGACGAGCUGUUGAGGGCGUCGGCGUACGUGUUGGGGAAGAGUGGGUUUGGGAUAGUGUACAAGGUGGUGCUUGGGAAUGGGAUCCCCGUGGCUGUGAGGAGGUUGGGAGAGGGGGGAGAUCAGCAGAGGUACAAGGAGUUUGUGGCGGAGGUGCAGGCAAUUGGGAGGGUCAAGCACCCCAAUGUCGUAAGGUUGAGAGCUUACUAUUGGGCUCCCGACGAGAAGCUUCUCAUCAGUGAUUUCAUCUCCAAUGGCAACCUCACUUCUGUUCUUCGCGGGAGAAGUGGUCAGGGUUCUACGAGCCUCUCAUGGUCAACCAGGCUGAAAAUUGGCAAGGGAGCAGCCCGGGGCUUAGCCUACCUCCACGAGUACAGUCCAAGAAAAUUUGUCCAUGGCGACAUCAAACCAUCUAACAUCCUCAUUGACAAUGAAUUCCAAUCUCACAUCUCUGACUUCGGCCUUAACAGAUUAAUCAGCAUCACCGGCGAUAACCCCUCCUCCUCCGGUGGCUUCAUGGGCGGAGCUCUACCUUAUCUAAAGACCGUCCAAACAGAGCGAGCCAACAAUUACAAAGCCCCCGAGGCUCGUGCCCCUGGCAGCAGACCCACCCAAAAAUGGGACGUCUAUUCUUUUGGUGUUGUAUUGCUUGAACUGCUAACCGGGAAGUCCCCGGAGCUUUCUCCGACCACUUCAACUUCCCUGGAAGUCCCAGACCUGGUCAGGUGGGUGAGGAAGGGCUUCGAAGAAGAAAAGCCCCUGUCGGACAUGGUAGACCCUGUGUUGCUCCAAGAAGUGCAUGCCAAGAAGGAGGUGCUCGCAGUGUUUCAUGUCGCCCUUGCGUGCACCGAGGCAGACCCCGAAAUUCGGCCUCGGAUGAAAACUGUCUCGGAAAAUCUUGAGAGGAUUGGAACGUGAAAGAAGUGAAUUGAUGGCCAUGGCCAUGGCCCCUCAUGCAUGCUCUUGGCACUGGAAUUUUCCUCAUCUAUAUGGAGCGGGCACUUCAUUGUCCCCUGGAUCCUGGUGGUAGAAUUCAGAAUUUUGCUUCGGCCACCGAGAUCAUCUUUGAAAACCCAACAUUUUGCGGACUAGGCCCAUCAUUUUUUUUGGAGAAUCAUUUUGUUAUACAUUUGUUUUCCCUUUUUGUGACAAUUAAGGUAGUAGCUAUAUUUUAUGAUUCAACAUUUUACCCAUGUCCCGUUAGAAAGUGCUUGUAAGGCUAAUAACUUUGUUAAUGUUUCAUUAUAUUUUGUAUUUUAAGAAAUUACAUGUUAUAAAAAAAAAUGUAUUUUUUCA